AUGGAGGCAUCGUCAUCGGACUACAGUGACGAGGAAGUGGGGGUGAUAGCGCGAGGUCAGAAGCUCUGGGUCAGAGGCGUUCGACCUCACACGACUUGCGCCGAUAUUGUCCGAGUACUGCAAGAUGCUCCAGAAGCUGGUGGUGGAUUAAGCGAACAUGGCGAAUGGGUGUUGGCGGAGAGGUGGCGUGGUGUGGAAAGGCCUUUACCGCCUGACGCGCCUGUGUUACACGUGCUAGCUGCUUGGGGAGACGCAAGGCAUGAGGUUAGACUUUCACUCCGGCGAUUGUCGAGUGGUGGUGAGGACGAUUCAGGGCGAGACAGUGACGCCGGCAGCCGUGCAGGUGUGAGGAGACGUCGCAGGAAAGGUGUCCGAGCCGCCACACCGCCACCUAGAGCUCGUAGCGAAGACCCUGCUGCUAAACUAGUCUCUAUAAUCCAACAUCAAAGCAGGACUAUCCAUCAACAGUUAGAUAAGCUUAGAGAGCAAGAAAAAGUUAUUGAUCAUUUGGAAGAUCAAACUCACAAAAAUCGAAUGGAAAAACACGGUACCAACUACUUGCUUGAAUCAUACCUUCGAGAUCUCGGUCGAUGUAGUGAAGUCAACGACAGCCAAGCUGGGAACAGUGACAGUGGAGUCGGCGUCGGCAGUGGAACUCCUCCAAGAAGACACACCAAACAUAAAUCCAGAAGGGAAAGACAUCUAAUGAGAGAGCAUUACUUCACAAAAGAACUAACAGACAUUUGUCAAGUGAAUUCUGAAAGACUUAUCCAAACUCAUACGGACACAGAUUCAGAUGUUUCAGCAGAUGAACUGUCUCGGAUAAGAGAAGAAAUUGAACUUUUAGAAAAAUUAGCGAUAAUAAACAAAAGGUUACACCGAGAAGAGGAACUUGUUGUUAGGUUAACUGCAAAAGUGAAGCGUUAUAUGGACGAAAAUAAAGUGAACAGCUGCGAAAAUGUUACACAAGUUAGUAUGCUUAUCGAUAAAAUUGAAGAGGAAUUAGCGAAGACCGCACAAGAGAUGGAGAGUAAUGCAAUCGAACUGGAACGAGCAGACAGAGAAAUAGAGAGGAGAAUGAAACUGAUGGACGAGUUGACGUUAGAGCUAGAAGAGGAAGAAUUACAGAACGCAGUACUUGAAAGAAAGUUGAACGAAGCUUCAAGCCGGCAGCCUAUUCUUUUGCAAGAAAGCUAUGUUCCUGUUUUAGAUCAAUCUAACAAUCAUCCAGUACACAAUUACGGGCCGACGGGCUACGUUUUAGAUACUCUUGUAUGA